AUGUCAUCAAGAGCUCUUCUGGCUUACAGGGCAGCUUUAAGGGCCACCAGGAUAUCGUUCCAGCAAGACAACGACGUCUUGUUGGCGGCACGAAAACAAAUUAGAGACGGAUUUGAAGCCAGCAGAAACAGCGACAACGCCGAAGAAGAAAUUGUCAAGAUGAACGAAAUAAGCAAGUUUCUCGUGCUGAAUAUCGUCCAGGGAGAAAAGCAGGGAGACGGAAAGUACUUUCUCAAGUUCCACGAUCAAACAGAAUUGGGCGACAACGAGACGAUCAAGCAAAACCACAAGGCAAAUAUGGGGUCGUUGGCGGGCGCCAAAGCCAAGUGCCGGUAG